CCAGUCGCCAAAGGAGCUUGAAACACUCGAGCUUGCAUCGAGCUUGCAUCGAGCUUGCUCCACAGCAAAAUCCCCUCCUCCGGCGCGCGACAAUGACGAGCUAAGCACCCUCAUUAGAACCCUAGAAAUUUUGUGGGCGUUUGGCUAUGGCGUCGGGUUUUGGGAUCCGUGGUUUUCGUGGGCGUUGCUACGAUCUCUUCAUGGAUUUUCGAGAGUGUAUGACGCAUUGCACGAUCCCGCAAGACUGCACGGAGCUCCGCGAGGAUUACUACGAGUGCCUGCACCACGCCAAGGAGCUCAAGCGCUGGUACCGGAUCGACAAGGAGCGGCAGCGCCAGGAGAAAGAAGCAGCGGCCAAGGGAGCAGGCGGCAAGGAGGAGGAGGAGCACAAAUCGUGAAGAACAAUAAACCCGUGUGAGAUUGAUCCACCGAACGAUCUUCUAGCAAGAACAAAAUUUCGAGCUUGUGUUUGAUCUU